AUGCCACCACCAACAACUCAAACUCAACCUUCCGUUCAACAAUUAGCGUCACGGGAAAAUUCUUUAUUCAAAAAAGUUGUACGUUUCUAUGAGCAGAAACAGUACCGAAAAGGUUUAGCAGCUGCUCGUGAAAUAUUGAAAAAGUCUCCGAAUCAUGGCGAAACAUUGGCUAUGAGAGGAUUAAUUCUUAAUUCGAUGGGUAAAAAGGAAGAAGCUCUAGAAAGUAUUCGAAGUGAUCCGAACGAAAAUACGACGAAGCAAUCAAAGCGUACAAAAAAGCAUUACAGUGUGAAAAACUUAACUAUUCUCCGUGAUUUAUCAUUAUUGCAAAUUCAAAUGCGAGACUUAGAAGGUUACAAAGAAACUCGACAUCAACUGUUCAAUUUAAAGCCUGGUCAACGACAAUCUUGGAUUGGUUUUGCAAUGUCUUACCAUUUACUUAAGGAUUACGAUAUGGCACAAAGUGUCUUGGAAGAAUUUCGAAAAACCCAACUAGAUCGUCCUGCACCGACACCUGAUAAACUCUACGAUAAUGAACAUUCGGAAUUUUUGUUAUAUCAAAAUCUUGUUCUUCGUGAAGCUGGUCAAUACGAUGAAGCGCUGCGUCAUAUACAAGUUCAUGAAAAAGAUAUUUUCAAUAAAUUAGCAAUAGCUGAAAUCAAAUCUGACUUAUAUGUACGCUUGAAUUCCCAUGAUCGUGCUGAAAUAACUCUAAGAGAUUUAAUUGAACGAAAUCCUGAAAAUAAGAAAUAUUAUUACAUGUUAGAAAAAUGCUCAAAUUUAACAAAUACUGAUGAAAAAUCGAAAUUAUAUGAGAAUUUAAUUGAAAAAUAUCCCAAAGCCGAUGCACCAAAGCAAAUAUGUCUACAAUUUCUCAUCGGUGAACCAUUCACAAAAUCAAUGGGUUCAUAUUUACAGAAAGGAUUCCAAAAAGGUGUGCCAUCUUUGUUCCAAUCUAUGAAAUAUUUAUAUUCAUCUACAGAAAAAGUUCAAAUAAUUGAUAAACUUUUAAACACUUAUCUCUCCAAUCUAACUAAAUAUGGAACAUUUGACGUAUCAUCAGAUACUGACGAAGUUGAACCUGCAUCAACGAAUCUUUGGUUGCAGUACUAUCUCGCUCAACAUUAUGACUAUUUAAAUCAACCAGAUAAAGCUUUCGAAUUUAUUGAUCAAGCAAUUCGUGAUACACCAACACUUGUAGAACUUUACAUGUUUAAAGCCAAAAUCUUCAAGCAUGUAGGUGCUGUUCAAAUGGCUGCUUCAUUGAUGGAUGAAGCUCAAUCAUUGGAUACCGCUGAUAGAUUUGUGAAUUGUAAAUGUACGAAAUACUUCCUACGUGCUAAUCAGAUCAGUACUGCCUUAGAAACAGCGGGCAAAUUCACACGAGAAAAUUCAUCACCGGGCGAUUACCUACGUGAGAUGCAAUGCAUGUGGUUUGAGUUAGAAACAGCAAGAGCUUAUCGUCGUUUGAAAAAAUACGGUGAAGCAUUGAAGAAAUGUCAUGAAAUCGAUCGACAUUUUCAAGAGUUUGUUGAAGAUCAAUUCGAUUUUCAUUCAUAUUGUCUUCGUAAAAUGGUAUUAUGCGCUUACGUUGAUAUGCUCAAUCUUGAAGAUCAUAUGAAAGGUCAUCGAUUCUUUCGACAAGCUGCGCAGAUUGCCGUGGAGAUUUAUAUCCGUCUCUAUGAUCAUCCACUUUCGGAGCAUGAUGAUAACAAAGAUGAAAACCUCGCAAAUAUGUCUGCUUCCGAAGUGAAAAAGUUGAAAAGUAAACAACGUAAACAGCAAUUGCGUGAACAGCAAGAAAAACAAAAGCAGAUUGAUGCGGACCGUAAAAAGAAAGAAUUUCAACGUAAUCGGAAUAAAGAGGAUGCGGAAGAAGAGAAAGUCAAAGAGGACGAAUUCGUUUCUGAAAAACUCGAGCGCAGUGAAAAGCCAUUAGAAGAAGCAAUGCGUUUCUUACAACCACUCGAAGACUUCUCAUCCAACUUUCUCGAGACACACUACCUUGGCUUCGAAGUUUAUUACCGACGAAAGAAAUAUUUAUUAAUGUUGCGAUGUUUGAAACGAAUGAAAAAACUAGAUUCGAACAAUGCCAAAUUCCAUUCGUGUCUAAUGAAAUUUCUGAAAUCAAUGGAAAAUGAACCAAUUACCGACGACCGUCUUCGAACAAUCAUCGAUGACGAAUUGAAAUCAUUUGAUAUUAAACAAGGUGAUUCCGUGAAGAAAAUUGAAGACCUCAAUGCUGAAUUUCUUAAGAAAAAUAUCAAUUCAUUAACACAUCGUGCUGAAGCUGCGAAAGUCAUGCUUCUAAGUAAUCCAACAAACAAUUGCAAAGCUAUCGAAUUUCUAACAACAUUGGAUCCAAACUUUACUGAUCAAAAUUUAAAAACAUGUUCGAGUAUAUACGAAAGUCUGCAAUCAGGUGAUUAUGGAACAAUUGAAAACUCCGUUAUCGAAAAAUAUCGUAAUGAAUGUCAUAAACUUUGGCCUCAAGCAGAUCUGUUUCAAACGAAUCCAACACCGCCAUCAUAUACUUCAUGUGAUAGUCAUACAAAUGAAAAUAGUUGCUUGAUACUAUCAAAAAAAUCUAAAUGUAUCGGGUUAACAAUUUACUCCAAACGUCCUUUUGCGUUCGUUCGUCAUUUGCAUCAUGUAAACGAUUAUUGUCCACUAAGAAUCCUAAACACCAUUCAAAUAACAAUUCGAGUAUUUCGUGCAUGCACAGAAAACAAUAUUCGUACAGUAGCUAUUUAUUCAGCGGAAGAUGAAGGCCAAUUACAUCGCAUCAAAGCAGACGAAUCUUUUAAAAUUGGCAAAGGUUUAGCACCCAUUGCUGCUUAUUUAAAUAUUCCAGAAAUCAUCAAAGUUGCCUUGAAGAAUGAUGUCGAUGCUAUUCAUCCAGGUUAUGGCUUUCUUUCCGAGAAUGGCGAUUUCGCGAAAGCAUGUGAAGAAGCUGGUAUAAUCUUUGUCGGACCAUCACCAGAUGUUAUUUAUCGAAUGGGAAACAAACUAAAUGCACGACAAUCGGCUCUGGAUGCUAAUGUACCAAUCAUCCCUGGCACAACCGAAGCUGUUGAAGAUUUAAAUGCCGUUCGAGAAUUUGUUAAAGAACAUGGUUAUCCUGUGAUGUUGAAGGCAGCGCGAGGUGGUGGUGGUCGUGGAAUGCGUGUCGCAACGAAAGAAAGCGAAUUGGAAGAAGCGUUUCAACGAGCUUCAUCAGAAGCUAAAGCCGCCGUUGGUGACGGUCGAUUAUUUGUUGAGCGCCUUGUUUCUCAAGCACGACAUAUUGAAGUUCAAGUCAUUGGUGAUCAUUAUGGUAAUGUGGCACAUUUGUAUGAACGAGAUUGCUCUGUACAACGGCGUCAUCAGAAGGUCAUCGAAGUUGCGCCAGCAACAAAUCUAGAUCCGAAAAUUCGCGAACGUAUGACAGCAGAUGCUGUUCGUUUAGCUAAACUUGUUGGAUAUCAAAAUGCGGGCACCGUCGAAUUUCUUCUGGAUGAUCAAGGAAGACACUACUUCAUCGAAGUUAAUUGCCGUUUACAAGUUGAACACACAUGUUCAGAAGAAAUAACUGGAAUUGAUAUUGUUCAGUCGCAAAUCAAAAUAGCUGAAGGUGCACGAUUGGCAGAUCUAGGUCUGGAACAAGAUCAGAUUAAAAUCAUGGGUGCUGCUGUACAAUGUCGAAUGACAACAGAAGAUCCGGGGAAUAAUUUCACUCCCGAUGUCGGACGAAUCGAUGUCUUUCGAUCAGCAGAAGGAUUCGGUAUUCGUAUUGAUAGUGCUUCUGCGUAUACGGAUGCGGUUAUUAGUCCAUUUUACGAUUCAUUAUUAGUUAAAGUCAUCGCCCAUGCGCGCAAUCAUCAAGAAGCAUGUGCAAAAAUGGUUCGUGCACUUCAAGAGUUUCGUAUUCGAGGUGUCAAAACGAACAUUCCCUUCUUACUGAAUGUUCUUCAACACAAACAAUUUCUCGAAGGUUCAAUAACGACAAGUUUUCUUGAUGAAAAUCCAGUUCUAUUUAAAUUUAUACCUGCACAAAAUCGUGCACAAAAAUUACUCUCCUAUCUAUCGGAAAUUAUGGUCAACGGUCCAUUAACACCGUUGGGCACUGAUAUCAAACCAAUGGACAUCAAACCUGAACUUCCGCAUGUGAAGAAGAGAGAAAUUCCGAAUGGUUGGCGACAAGUCUUACUAAAAGAAGGACCACACGGCUUUGCUAAAGCUGUCCGCAGACAUCCACAAGCGUUGCUCAUGGAUACGACAAUGCGUGAUGCACAUCAGAGUUUGUUAGCCACACGUGUACGAACGCGUGAUUUGAAAAAAUCUGCUCCAUUUGUCGCCAAAAAUUUUUCUCAAUUUUUCAGUUUAGAAAACUGGGGAGGUGCCACAUUUGAUGUUGCUCUUCGUUUUCUUCAUGAAUGUCCAUGGGAACGUUUGAGUGAAUUACGUGAACUGAUUCCAAAUAUUCCGUUUCAAAUGUUGCUACGCGGCGCCAAUGCCGUGGGAUAUUCAAACUAUCCCGAUAAUGUCAUUGAUGCUUUCUGUCAAAUGGCUGUCGAUCAUGGCAUGGAUAUAUUUCGUGUAUUUGAUUCAUUAAAUUAUCUACCAAACAUGAAAGUCGGCAUUGAUGCUGUCGGAAAAGCCAAUGGUGUCAUUUCAGCCGCUGUUUGUUACACAGGUGAUGUGGCGGAUGGAACACGAACAAAAUACAACUUGGAUUAUUACAUUAAUUUCGUUGAUGAGCUGGUGAAAAUGGGCAUACACAUCUUAUCUAUCAAAGAUAUGGCGGGCUUAUUAAAACCUCGAGCGACGAAAAUGUUAAUCGAUGCUAUUCGACAGAAACAUCCUGACUUACCAAUUCAUUUACAUACACAUGACACGGCUGGUACCGGUGUGGCGAACUAUCUUGCAGCAUUCGAAGCCGGUGCUGAUAUCGUCGAUGUUGCCGUUGAUUCAAUGAGUGGCAUGACAUCUCAACCAACAAUGGGCGGUGUCGUUGCCGCCUUACAAAAUACCAAACAUGACACCGGACUUAACAUGGAUAAAGUUAAUGAAUACUCGGCAUUUUGGGAGCAAACACGUUUACUGUACGCACCAUUUGAAUGUACAACUACGAUGAAAAGUGGUAAUGCUGAUGUUUAUAAGAAUGAAAUUCCUGGUGGUCAAUACACCAACCUUCAAUUUCAAGCAUUUAGUCUUGGCCUUGGUUCACAAUUCGAAAAUGUGAAGAAAUCCUAUAUUGAAGCGAAUCAACUUUUAGGCGAUAUUAUUAAAGUAACACCGUCGUCGAAAGUCGUUGGUGAUCUUGCACAAUUUAUGGUUCAAAAUAAUUUAACAGCGAAAGAUGUUCGUGAACGCGCUGAAGAACUUUCGUUUCCAUCAAGUGUGGUGGAAUUUAUGCAAGGUCAACUUGGUCAACCGCAUGGUGGAUUUCCUGAACCACUUCGCACUCAAAUGUUAAAGGGAAAGAAAAAAAUCGAAGGACGUCCAGGUGCUGACGCCAUACCACUCGAUUUCGAUAAAAUUGAGAAAAAAUUGCAAGAGAAAUUCGGAGAAGACAUCAUUCGUAAAUGUGAUGUCAUGUCUUACGUGAUGUUUCCUAAAGUCUUGGAAGAAUAUAUCGAUUUCAAGAAACAAUAUGGUCCUGUUGACCUUUAUCCAACACGAGUCUUCUUUGUUGGACCCCGAAUGAAUGAAAUGAUGGACAUUGAAAUUGAGCAUGGCAAAGUUCUUCAUAUUGUCGUCAUGGCCAUCGGCGAACUAAUGCCAGCAACUGGUGAACGUGAAGUCUUCUUUCAAGUCAACGGUCAGUUACGAUCGAUGAAAGUGAAAGAUAAGGCUGCGCUCAAAGACCAUAAAGUUCACCCAAAAGUUGAUAAAAAUAAAAAGAAUCAAAUCGGUGCACCUAUGCCCGGUCAAGUACUCGAUAUCAAAACUAAAGUAGGUGACACGAUCAAAAAAGGUGAUACAAUUAUCGUAUUGAGCGCUAUGAAGAUGGAGACGGUCGUUAAAAGUGCUGUAGAUGGCAAAGUCAAAGAAAUUCAUGUACAAAUUGGCCAACAAGUUCAAGGUGAUGACUUAGUGGUGGAAUUGGAGUAG